AAAAGUGCACUAGUCUACCUAACGUCAAGUUAAUGAAUUGAGGUAAAGCGGAACUACUGGCCGUAUUUGGUGAGAGGGCGGAGCUGCCGUGGAGCGACAUCAUGACAUGGUCGCUCUCCAAUGCACCCUUUUCCUUGUCGUCAUGUAGCAUGCUGCGUUCAAGAACUUCCCUUAGCUUUGCUACAUGCUAGCAUGUUUCACAAGGUCAUAGGUCACAUGGUAGCUAGUUGUUAGUGGUCAUGGUUGCCGUGGCAACAGGAAGUGAGUCAGCAAUAUGUCUGCUUUAACUUUGACCCCGUUGUUUGUUGUGGCGCACUCCAGUGGAUUUAACCUUCAGUCUUCACACACACACACACACACACACACACACACACACACACACACACACACACGCUCCUUUUAGUCCAACAAACGAAACCGGUGAACAUUUGUGGACCUGUCAGUCAAUCAUCGGCAGAGAAGAAGGCUUCUGUGUCAUCAUGAGACCCCCGUCGCCACCACCGCUUCCUGUUUUGUGCAACAUGUGACUGUCUGUGCAUCAGGAGACAACAUAUGCCGCACACGCACACACACACUGGUUGAUCACAUGAUGAAGACAUGGAUCACAUCCCUGCGGCGUUCCUGCCUGACAUUCCUGUUGUCAAGCGUGAAGCUGCUUGUUCUUCACAUUCCUGCUUUAUCUUCCUCAACGGAGACACGCUGUGGGAAGGUCACCUUCACGCUGGCCUGAGAUAGAGGUCAAAGUCGAAGCGACACCUCUGGGUUGAUAUCUUUGGGGGUCGUUGCCUGACUUUUUCAACGGCGACUUUUUGGGCUGAAUGCCUCAGGAGCACACGUGCUCACAGACUGCAGUUGUUUCCCCGGCCUGUAGGGCGGCAGCAGAGAGGCAACGUGUCGGCAUGAGCGACUUCUGGCACAAGAUGGGAUGCUGCGUGGUCGCCAAAGCACCGCCGAAGAAGAGGAGAAGGAAGAUUGAUCGCAGUAUGAUCGGAGAACCGACUAACUUCAUCCACCUGACACACAUUGGCUCUGGAGAGAUGGCAGACGGUCUGCAGCCUUCAGGCUCAGUUCAGGAGCAGAUGAGGUCGAAAGGUCCAAACAUGAACGGCAGGAACAGUCUCUUAUAGCCGGUCUGACGCGCCACCUCCCUCUCCUCCGCCGACGGACCCCCGGUCCCAGCGCGACGUGUUGCAUUCGGGGCGGCCACAGGGGGCGCCGCCCCAGCCCCGUGGGACAAGCAGGACUUGACGCCCCACCCACCGUGUCGCGCUCUACCUCCCGCUUGCACGCCAUGACCUGUCCUAAAUGUGAACGCUUUCACCACUAGAGGGCAGAGAGGAGGCCGAUUGGAGCGUGACGUCACUGGAGUCCACUUAACCCGCCACGCCUUUCUUCCGCUGAGUGACGCGCGUCAGCAACGAUGACUGGAAACGCUCUUUCUUUCUUCCUCGUGCCAGCACGCGUCAUGCUGGUCACAUGACCUGGCCGCUUGGUGUCUCCUCAUUUCAUGUUUUGAGCAAUGAGCACUUUUUUGUCAACUAUUUUUUUAAUCUGACAAUUCAGCUUUCGAGAAACUAUUGAUGGUGUCGUUUGGGCUCAAACAAAACAAAUGUGUGUGAACUUUGACCUCCACAGAGACUGUGACCUUCACAGAACUACACUUCAUGCUUACAUAACGCCGUCCACACACGCACAUUAGCUCCGCCCAUACGUUACGUAACAAGCUCAUGAAUAAAUGUGAUGUUCCCUGCAGCUGUGUGCUUUUAUUUUGAAAGGCAAACACAUGUGUUCUUUAUGUCAAAUGUGACUCCAAACAUGGAAUGUGUGUGUGUGUGUGUGUUCUUGAGAGAUUACAUCAUGUUUUCUGACUAACAUCUGGACUCAAUGCAGAGCGGCUGUACUGUGAGACAUAAGAGUCGUGCAAAAACUUGAUUUAAUGAAGUUUAUGAAGUAGGGACUUGAAGUUGAAGUUCAGGGGUCAGAGGGAAAGUGUAACAACCUCUGAAGCCAUGAAAACCCAAGUGUGUGUGUGUGUAUGUGUGUGUGUUGCCAUGGAGAGACAGGGCGGGGCGCUAACAUUAGAUGAUGGGGUUACGAGUGUGUCCACCACAUAAAGGUUUUUAUGCUGAAGGAAUAAAUGACAAUGUUGACAACAUGCUAACUCACAAGCUAAUGUGCCUACAACUAAAGAAUUACUUCACAAUAAAACUGCUCACCUGCCAUAAAAAAAUAAAGUACAACUACUUACCUGGC